AUUGGGUAAAAUUGUUGAUUUGCGAAUAAUGUCAUAAAAUAAUUAUAAAGUACUCGAAUCGUUGGAAUUAAAGACAAUAAUUUAUUGUUAUCAAUAGAAAUAUCCAUUGUUUUGUAAAUCAUUUAAGUCAAUAUUUAUGAGUCAGCUAGUUGUCAUUUUGGGAUUUUCACUUUCGACUUUAAUAUGCAUCAAGUGUCAAAUAGCGAAGACUACAAUAGCUUAUUUUGGCACAAAAUUAUUCUAUAAUCAGUCGAAAAUCAUACUUUUUAUAAUUACAAGGUUUUUAAUUUUUUUCUUAGAAAACAAUCACUAAUCGUCAGCUCGCACUUGCUAUUCGGUGACGUCACCCGGUCUGAUAUUUGCGGAGUGCAGAGGUGUAUCCGGAAAAGAGGGAUUCUAUACAACACAACUGAUGGUAUACCUUGUUUAUGUUGUGUUCUCAUGACACAGGUUUGUGAUAUGGCUUCUGUAGGUCAAUGGAAGCCAAACACAGUAUCUCGAAAGUUUUAUCUGGAUCGAGAUGAUCUGAGUGAUUCAACGAACAGUCGGCCACAAAUCAAUUCUGACAUUCCACCCACGAGGAGAAGGGACAUUCUUUCAUACAAACGUUCGCUUUCGGAUGACAAGGACGAUCUUUCAGGUAACGAAAGACAGGGUAUAAGGAAGGAUCCUGCUAUAAGUAGCCCAACUGAUAAGUUGAACGGAAAUAAUUGUGUUGAUAAUCAGGAUAUAAAUAACAUGGGCAAAGAUACAUUACAAAAUUCAUCUCCGGAUGAUGGUCCCACAGGAAAUGUAGUUACUAGUCACUUAAAGCAUGUGCACAGUAAUCCUUUCUUCUUGACUUCUGGAGUUACUCAUACACAUGGAAAGAUAUAUGAUCAACAAAAACGAAAAACCUCGUUACCAGAUGACAGUGAUGUAGAAAGUGGUGCUGAGUAUGGUGUGAACUCGGGAUUUGUGAACAAACUUCGACAAAAAUUCACAACAAUAAACCAAAGGGACACCAGUGUCAAUCGAAUACCACCAAGGAGAUUUGCGAGUGUUGAGAACUUGUUGGGAGCUUCUGAAAAGAUUUCAUUUCAGGAAAGAACAAGACCGUUUAGUUCCUCAGAGUUUAAAACAGUUGAACAAAAUUCAAAUUAUGUCAGGAAGAAACCUGCUUUGCCAAAACCACCUAGACCUCCAAAACUAAGGCCUGAGAGGAAAAAAAGUGACUCGGAUGUUGAACAGAAGCAGCGCAAACCUUUACAUUCUGAGCAUGAAGCACCAGACAUUAACAAAAUAGGAUGGAAUGACAUAAUUAUAAUUGAACAUCCAAAACCUGUACCAAUCCCAGAACCAGCAAAAGAAGAAAAAACACCAACAAAAAUGAAUGGCCAAACUGUCAUGUCUCUGAAAGACAAGAAAGUUCCAGAUGAACUACCUAAGCCAAACACUGUUUCAUCGUUUCGGUCCAUGUUUGAAAAGAAUAAUACUUCAGUCUCCAGGAAACUUUUGCCUGAUGCUCCAAAAAUAACUGCUAAACCAAGUAAGUUGAAAGUGAACCACAAAGAGACUGUGGAGAGCUCUCCUCUCUCUUCACCUGUAAAUAAAUCACCCGAGAUCAAGGAACAGAAACCCAUAGAUACUCAGGCAGAAACGGCUGAAGUUUUAGUUAAACCCAGCACAAUAAAAGAACGAGCUCAAGAGGCCCCAAGAACACUGGAUUCACCAGUAACUAGGAAAAAGAUCUAUCCUGAAAAGAAGUCAAUUUUCGAUUCCGAUUUUAACAUUAAAACAGAGCCUACUGUGAUACAGAAGAGUAGAGUAGAAACAACAAAAUUAGAAGUGACAUCAUCUGAGACAAGCAUUGAAAAUAUUGCAAAGUCUGAUAAGAAAAUACCAUUUCAAAAUAAACCUGUCAUUGAUAAAAACAUCCGGAAUGAAAAAAGUUCCACAAAUAAAGCUGGAAUUCCAGCAAGGAAAGAAAUAUUUGAUUCUUCACUUAUACCACAAAGUCCAAGACCAGUCUCAGUAGAGAGCAUAGUCAAUGAAGUCAAUGAUAAAACUAGGACAUCUUCUUCGAAAACACAAGCAUCUGAAGAAACAUUUCCAGGAAGGAAAAAAAUUUUUGAUUCCUCCCUGAUUUCUUCUAGUUCCACCACUCCUAACGUAUCUAAGAAAAGACGAGCUCCAAAACCGCCACCAAGCCCUGUUCCCACAUUCACAACAGAAAAUAAACAAGAGCCAGUGGUUAAUGAUUCAGUGCAAAAAUCCACGACUGACAGCACUUCUAGUAAAGUAACCAAGAAGCUUGAAUCUGCAAAAUCAAGUCACCAGCCCCCAAAACCUGUAACACCACGUACUCAACCAAACAAGGUUAUAGAAACCUCAGAACCCUCACCAGUUGUAUGGCUGAGUCAAGAGAAACCCUCCACCCGAUCCAGUAAGGUAGAAAAAAAGGAGACUAUAGAAUCAGCAGAGAAAGUUAACAAUUUUACUCCAAUUGAAAUCUCUUCUAGUGAUAACAAUACCCCAACAAGAGGACUACCCUCAGUUAUAGCAAACAGAUUCAAUAACAAGCCCAAAAACGUGUCUAGCAAAACCACGGAGAAUGGUAAAGCUGAUUCAAGUGACGAAGAUGAUGUCAAUGUUCCACAUACUUUGGUAAAGCCAAGUCAGCUGCGAAAUAACAGUUCUUUCCUAAAAGUCUCAAAUAGCCCCUCUGUGCCAAACACACCAAGCUCUAAUCAUGCUGAUAGUCCCAGUGAACCUAAAAACUCGAACAGUAAUGUGCCAGUGAGAAACAUUGAGGAUCUCAUUCGAAAGAAUCGAGACAAGCCCGCUGCACUGUUUGACUCCAGUAGCAUUGUGCCAAAAGUCCAGUCCAAGGUGAAUGGUGUUCCGCCCCUGGACCUAACAGAUCUGGUGACAGAGGAACAGAACCACCCGUACCAGGAUGGCUACAUUCCCACCAAGAUCAAGCCCUGUAGCUUUAAGGUUAUUGGGGGAGGGAUCUUCCUGGAUACGCAGCCGUUAAAGAAAAGCAGGAGCGGACACAGCCUCCGUAUCCAGUUUGAUGACAAAGCAGUCUCUACCCAUGAAUACCAAUCGGAGAAUUCGGCAUUGGCACAGUAUUUGGAGGAAAAUCCGCACGAAAAGCCUGAGGUGGAGAAGGAGCAGGCGGACAUCGAGCAGACGACAUUUACUCUAGAUAUGGAUAACUCAGAGUCCAGCGAUGAUACAGUUGAAACGCCACGAGAUUCACCAGCCAUGAAAUCCAACACUGCCAUUGGAACAGGAACAGGAGAGCUCAGUAACUACAAAUCCAAGAUGCAGCAGGAUGAAUUCCAGUUUGGGAUGUCCAUGCAAGAACCAGAAAUAGCUUCCACAUCAGUUCCAGAUCCACAGGUCAAUCCGGAUGACCUUGACAUACUCCCCGCUGAGGAUGAGAACUCAAUAAGUUUCACUGGGACAGGAAUAUCGGACAUGUUAUUCUAAAUUGUUCAUUUGGUAGGGGGAGUCAACCACUGUGGUAUCUUCAUCAUCAUGAUUCCGAUUAAUUUUCUCUACAUUCAGUCUCUGCAGCGUAGGAGGAUCCGGGAUCAAUAGACUGUAAAUGCUAGUGUUCAGACAAGUGUCAGAGUGCAAACGUGUGCUGUGCACAGGAUGUGCCAAUUUGCCAAUACAUCAAUGCGCUGGUUUUUUGUGGAAGUCCUGUCAAGUCUGCGGCAGUUUGAAAUGUAGUUAUUUAUUGACUGCAUUUCUAUUAGUGCUUUAUCUUAAGUGUGUCUGUCUGAUUGUCUGAAUAAUGAUAGUAACCAUAUGGACAUCUCAGCACAUUGUAACUGCAUGGCAUUGUAAAUACAAGGUUAAAAAAAACUACCCUGAAUAUUGGGCAAAUAACACAAUUCUUUAAGGUAGCCCUGUAACAGAUGUUGAGUACAUGGAUUAAUUUUGUCCUGGGAAGCCAAAGGAAAAUCAUUAUAAUCUCAUUCAAGUUUAACCGCUGUUGUGUUAACAAAUUCAGUAAACUUUGAAAGAGAAUUUCCAUGUUCAUAUGGAAAUUUAGAGCAGGUCUCUACCGAUAAAAAUGCUAGUUUGCUUUUUUGCUCAAAUUAGCCAAGUGUUUGAUCAAAGUGUAAAUGAGAGCCGCUGUAUAAUAGCCACAUUCCAAAGCUUGUCAUCAUGAGAAUGCUUGAUGUAGAAAUUGUCCACAUAUAAAUUCUUACAUUCUUACCUGCUUUGCAUUCCAAAUAUGUGUAUUUUCUGUUCAUAGUAUGUGCAUUUUGAAUAUUGUUUUAUGUAUAAUCUUGGAAUACCCUUGAUCAACAGAUCUUUUGUUAUUUAUUAUGAUAUAUAUAUAGAGAGAGAGUAUCACAUUAUUCCAUAUUGACUUUGUUUAUUGAUUUUUAAAAAUAAAAAUUCAGAGAGUAAUUUUUACAUCUAAGAGCUUUUAAAAUGAUUUAUGCAAUAAAUAUUAUUUUGAAAUAUUUGAUGAUUAUGUGAUUUGUAUUUAUAGAGGGUUUCCGUGUGUACAUAUUGUAAAACUUUUAUAUUGUGUGUCAAAUUGCAUUCAUGAUUUUGUUUUUGAUUUUACUUUGUUCAUCAGGUAUAAUUGUAAACUUUGCAUUGAUGAAAAGUUUGCAUACUGUUCAUAUAUUGAAUUUUUUGCACAUGCAUUUUUCUUUUUCUUUAACAGAAAGAGGAAGAAAGAAAUUAUGACUAUCGAUUUUUUUCUUCUCUCAAAUUUUCCUUGGCAUAUGUUUUACUGUUUUGUAAGUGGGCAAAUGGUAAAUAAGGAAUUGAAAUUCACCUGGAAAACCAAAGUCUCUAAGGAGAGAGGGGAAAAAAAUCAAUUUUGAUAUACCUUUCUGUGUGUUUAAGCAUGACAUUUCUGACUGUGAAGGUCUCUGGAGAUCUACUAUGGUAGGCACUUGAUGUUCCAGUGUUGUCUUUGUUGAAUGCUUUAUAGGGCUUGAUCAUUUUUAUGAGAAAAUGCACUUUUUAAUAUUAUGAUCAAGUAUUAUGAAUUUCAUAUAGUGAAGAUAUAUUAUUAGCUAUUGAUAAAUGCUCUUCAUAUGCGUUCCAUUAACUGACAAUGUAAAAAGAAGUAACACUAUAUAUCUGCAUAGCCAUGACUUUCUUACAUUCCUAACAAGAGAAAUUACUUAUUUUAUUACCUGAUUUACACUUUAGAUUAGUAUGUACCAAAGUUUGAUUUACUGUGUACAUGUAUAAACUAUUCAGUGCAUUAGGAAGGAAAUACUUAGUAUGAUGCACCUGAUCCUUGAAAAAGUGGGCAUGUCCAAUUCCCCCAUUACCAUCAUGGAGUUCUCACUUUUAUGGAUAAUAUGCAGGAUUGUUGAAUAUGCAAAUUUUAACAUCAUAACUUAAUUUAUAGUGUCUAUAAUACAGAUACUCAGAUUUCAGAUAAAUGAUAUGUAUAUGAAUUAACAUUGUAAUUGCAAGCUGUAACAGAUAUAUUCUUUGUAUGGAAACUCAGUGUACCAAACAUUGGCAAUCAUGUUGUGUGCUUUAAGUAUGGAUGAGCUUAAUAAGUCAGAUUGUAUUGAUCUGAUGAAUUGAUCUUGAUAAGUAGGAAGAAAUCCAUUGUCUAGCUAUCCAUUUUCCUGUCUCUCGUCUUUAAACAGGAUUUUUUUUUACAGGGUUAUGUGCCUUGUAUUGUCUCUGAACUAGAGUUAGGUCCCUUGAUACUGUACUUUAAAAAUGCUCUGUUGUGAUUGUCUCUGUAAACUUUGUUUGAGCUUCAGAUACUCGAGUAAAAUGUCUCAUUUGUUUGUUGUAUGUAGUGAGCGCUCAUUUUCAGCAGAGAAAUAUCCUAUGCAACAUUUUAGUUUUGAGGAAGUACUUAACAAGUUUAAAUGACAGGAAAUGUCUGCGGUGUACGAGUAGUAUUUUCUGGAUGCAAUACACAGAUGGCUGGAUUCUGUUUUGGGUUUUAGCAGGGAUGUAGCAGUAUACUUGUCUUGGUUAGAUCAUUAAGAUCUUUUGUUUAUUCUUUCUCAUUUUUCUGUGAUUUUUACCAAAUAUUUGUUAUUUCACAAUAAAGCUUGCAUACAUUUUAUCAUUUUCUGUAUCAUAUAUUUUUUUCAAUAAAGUCAUGUAUAUGCACAACAGUGCUAUAA